UAAGAGGUUUGUUUUACAGAUUAGUAAUUCAGUUCUCGUAUGUCAUGUGUUUAUACUUUAUUGUGGAUACCAGCGGUAAGCUGAUUUACUUAACCCUGCAUGUAUUCCUAUCAAACGUGACAAAAUGACGUCGUUUUUCGCUUCUUUUAGAAUGGUAUGACAUUUGAUAUUUUUGAAAUCUAAAAUAGCGUAAAGAAGGUACCUUUAGUUGUCCAAUAAGCUGAUUUCGGACAUCGAAACGGGUGCAUUUCGAUAAGUGCUGAAUUUAAGCGGUGACAACUCGGGACUGUCUGGUUUGAGAAACUUUCAUGCUUGCGUGUUUUGCAUGACUAUUCCAGGAAUAAAAUCUAAGAAAUAUCAGCGAAUUGGUUAGACAAAGCGGUAUUGAUUAUCAUUUGUUGUUGUUCAGAACUCCAACGAGCAAUUAUUUACAACAAAUCAAUGUUCCGAUCUAAUUAAUUGGUUUUAAGAAGACAUUAACACAAACAAAAGAAACCGAAAAAAGUGUUUUAAACGUAAAAUUCUGUGACAUUUGUUUGUUAUUGAAGGAUAUGGAUUCGUUUCAAUUUGUACAAAUACCUGAGACUGUAAUAAAGUAAUAAACCUAAAUCAAACAAGUCUUAACGGACGAGAGCUAACAAUUGAAAAACUUGUGAUAAAUUACGAAAUGGAAUAACAAAAUUAAAGCUAGAUAUUAGUGUUGGAUUGUUUAGGUCGUAAUCUGUGGAUUUUGAUAAAAGUAUUAUGCUAGGGGAAAAUAUAUACAUUUAAAUUGGUCGUAUGAAUUAAAAAACUAUUGACCUUGGAAUGUAACACUUUGGAGGUAUAUAUGUAACGAUGAUUAUAUUUGUAAAUCCUAUUAGUGCUAAUAAAAGACAAUUUAACUAAAAAUGAAUUGAACUUGGGAAAAAAAAUCAACAGAAGAGAUGGCGGAUGAAUAUUUUGCUCAGCAAGACAGAGAAAGGGAACGGGUAUCGAAACCGAGACAAACUCGAGUAGCACCGGCGGAACAGCAGCCCAAAGAAAACCGCGAUCCUAACAAUUUGAAUUCACAUAUUGAAUGCCAAUAUUAUAGUGUAUUUGCAGAGCCUCAAACCAGUCCCCAAUCUGUAGACUGUAUCUGGGAAUUUUCGGAAAUAGUUUUUGACUGCUUCAAGGAGUGCUGGUACAAAAUGUUUGGACUAUGUUGUGGUAUUUGCAUCGCAAUAGCGUGGGGGAUCGAAUUUGUGCCGGUUAUAUUCUCGCAUGUGUGGUGCUUUACACCUUUCAUCCAAUUGUUAAAUAUAAUACUCACCGGUUGGUGUAGGCCGGUCUGGUUCUUGUGCGUCAACCUUUGUAUCUCGCCAUGCACUCAGUCAUGUGCCUACUUCUUUCACAACUGCGGGUAUGGAAAGAUGACCCGGCCACCGACCCCAAAAAUAUUUCCUGAUAGGCCGAAGAGGAAAGCAGCCCCUAAACCGAUAGAGAAUAAGAUCGAGCCCAAGAAGGAGGAGAAGGUGUUAGCCCCUGUCCCUGUAGUGGUAGCAGCAAAGGGAGAGUUUGAUGAAUAUGAUAAAGAGAAAAUUGCAAAAUCUGUGAAGCGUCAAAUGAUGUUGUUUUAAUUAAAUGAACUAAAAGCUUACUUUGGAAUUAACAUAAAAGAAACUUUCAAAAGUGCUAUCAAUAUAUGGGCUGAUUAACAAGUCAUAAUAAUUCAAAAAGAUCAAUGUAUUCAUGGCAUACUGAGACCGAACAACAGCGUAGACGUUUCGGGACUUCUGUCGGCCAGACAUUUCGUACCACUCAUUCAGGAUACUGUAUCAGUUGGUGAGAUCGAUAGAUCGAUAAAAACACGUUCAUUAUUCGAUACCGAACACGGUUGAUAUGUCAGUAAAUAAAACGUAAUUGUUUUCAUGAGUUAAUUCAUAUCCAAUAAUAAACGUGUUUAUAUCGUUUUUUCUCGGCUGACAAGUUAACCUAAACGAUUGGUAGGCCUACCAACUUUUAAUGCUUAUGUUUGUAAAAGGAAACUGGUAUUACAAAGUGGACAUGGUAAAUGUUACACAUAUUUUAAAAAGUUUUACAUUUUCUUUUUCUUUUAUGCAUUUCCUGAAAAGUGAUAUCAAGAAAUAGUGUUCUAUAUGCUUCCGUGUUGUUUUUACAAUUUAUUUGAUACAUAUAUAUCUUAUUUCAGUGUUCAUUCAGUGCAAGAUUUGAUUUGUUUAACUUAACUAUAAAUACCGCAGUGUGUAUGAUUGCAUAAACUAACAACCUGAAAUUUGAAAAGUAAGUUGAAAAGCAAAGUUAUUUUUGUACGAAAUCUUACAGCUGUAAAAGACCUGUAUUUUUGUCAAAAUUACAGUCGUGAUUAUUUCAAUUCUACACCAACGACAUUAACUUUACACCUGUACAUUUCAAUUUAUAGCUGUAAAACGACUGUAAAACAGGUCGAACUAUGCACAUGAGAUACAGCUGUAAAAAAACUUACAGCUGUAAAAAUGAAAAAGUUACAGCUGUAAAUAUGCCUAAAGGUUACAGCUGUAGAAAUAUAACAGGUGUUGAAAAAGAGAACAUUAUUUUAAGGGACGGAAGCAGAAUUACAAAACGUUUUAGGAUGAAUUGUAAUUCCCUAGAAAGGGUAGCAGUUACUAUAUUAAUGGCAAAAUAAAUGAUCUAGUAAGUAAAGAACAAUAUGAAAUAUGGUUCUAGUAUAACAACUGCUAAAUUAAAGAGUAGGAAACAAAGUAGAAUCUAUGCAUCAUAUCAUGUUUAUAAAACUUUCCCUUCGAAAAAGUUACAGCUGUACUUUUGAGACAUGACCAUUUUACAGCUGUAACUUUCAACUAAAAUUUCUACGUCUGUAUUUUGAGACCUGCAUUUGUUUUACACCUGUAAAUUCCAACUAUUUUUGAUAAUUCUCCACUUACAGGUCUUUUACAGCUGUUUUUUUUUCUUCAAAAUACAGAUCUUUUACAGACGUUUUAAAGCUGUAAUACAGGUCCUAUUUACGUACAGACCUUUCAAAAUGAAACCUUUCUUUUGACCAAUUUUUGAGCAUAGACGUUUACAUGUAUAUUACUUGCUUUAUUCACUUCAUUAGUUGUAGAUUAGCGAACAUGUACAGUUUAUAUAUAUUAUGAAACCUAAACAUUUAUGUAUUCAGACUGACAAUAUGCAGACUUUGCUUAUUUUUGUGAGUUACUUAGAUUACCUUUCGGCUUCAUUAGGUAUCAUAGAAUUACAUAUGACAAAACUAUACAUUGUAUGUGAUUUGUCAGCUUUUUGAUAUCUUUCAACAAAAGGUAAUUUUCAAAGACCCCUACGUUCUGUGUCAAAAGUCUUUUACACAUUACGGUAACAUACUUUAUGGGAAGAUAAAUGUUCAAAUCAUGUUAGGUUUAGUUUUGUACAUGUUUCCGCCACUUAAGUGGCUCAGUUAAGUGCUUACAAGUAGAAAGCUAUCUGUGAUAUCAAUUUAUUUCAAACAUUUGAUAAAACAUUAAACAUGUCAAGUAAA